GGUUGAACUACUGGAGACGGCGCCGGAGGGAAUCCGGAAGUGAUGGGCCCCAGGUGGACUGAGCGGCGAGCGGAGAGUCUGGGGCCAGGCAGGCGGUGUAAACGAGGGACUCGGCAGCCCGCACGGGAACCUCCUGCGUCUUAGACAUUGGCAGAUAACUCAGUCCUUUAAAGAACGACACUGCAGACGGGCUCCUGCCGAAGAGGCCCCGGCUGGGAGUGGCAUGUGGGACCGUGUGCAGGACCAUCUCCAGCACCUUCCUGCAAUUCCCUGCUUUGAUCGAGGCCACCGAUGGAAAGGAGUCCUAAUGGCGCAGGCCCCACGCACCUGCCUUUUGGUCACAUUGUGGCUAAUGAGAAAUGGCGCGGGUCCCAGCUGGCGCAGGAGCUGCAAGGGAAAAUUAAACUCGUGUUCGAGGAUGGCUCGACACCUGUAGAUUUUUACUUAUCCGGCAGAUCCUGUAUUCUUUAUAUCACCGAAGCUGAUUUGGUGGCAGGAAAUGGCUACAGAAAGAGGCUUGUUCGAGUUAGAAAUUCCAGUACUCUUCAAGGGAUUGUAAUAGUUGAAAAAACCCAAAUGAGUGAACAGUACUUUCCAGCCAUACAGAAGUUUACUGUGUUGGACCUAGGGAUGGUCUUGCUUCCAGUGGCCAGCCAUACGGAAGCAUCCUGCCUCAUUAUGCAGUUAGUUCAAGAGCAAACCAAAGAGCCCAGUAAAAACCCUUUUCUCACGAAGAAACGGACUCAGAUUUCUGAGCCCUGCCUUCUUAGAACUGUGCAACAGAUCCCAGGGGUUGGAAAAACUAAAGCUCCCCUUCUGCUUCAGAAGUUUCCAAGCCUGCAGCAACUCAGUAAUUCUUCCAUCCAACAACUGGAGCCAGUCGUCGGACUACCAGCAGCACAGCAAAUUCAUUCCUUCUUCACUCAGUCCAGGUGACUCUUACCGACUUUGCUCUGUAGUGUUCUUUUAGACCACAAGGGACCGUAUCCUGUUUUCUUUUCAUAUUUAAAAGCCAAGACAAAAGAUCUCCUCUCCCAGAAACUAGUGGAAGAGUCCUGAUUGGAGCCUGCCUGUUGUCCUGUCCUACAGCUAGUGCAUCCAGGCAUUUCAGCUAGUUCUUCCCUGCCAGCACUGCCCUCCUCCUGCUAGCCUGAAGAGGGCGGGGUGGGGUGGGGGGGAUCUUUCCAAGGGUCCAUUUAAUUAGAGACACUCAGACUCAGCAAGAAGCCAGCUUGGGCAGAUUUUUAUGUGACCUUGAUCUGCAUGUAUCAUGAAAAAGGCUUAUCGAGUUUUAGGCGAUGGAUGUGACUAUCUGAAGGAAACAAACAAUGAAGAACUGUAGACCAUGAGCCCCUGUUCCUGGUGGCAGAACUGCUGUUCUCCAGAUCUGUGCUUUGAAGACCACUGCCAGUGUAAAUAAACAGAGGGACUGCCUUUUUUCUUCCUUCCUCCCUCCCUCCCUUCCUGGUGGCUGCACAGUUUGUUUAUAAUACGAGGCACGUCUUCUGAACACAGAAAGCCUGGAGUCUGGAGUUCCCAUUUAAAGAUAAAAAGCCAGUGUGUGUGAGGGAGGAAAAGAAUGUUUGUAAAUGUACAGCCCAGCAAUGGGACGAUCUACACGGGGCAGCUGCAUGCAGAGAGGAGAGCCGGGGGCUGGGAACCAGGGAUGCAGCUGCUCAUGCAGAAAAGUAAAUAAAAUUAAAGAUGUGUUCAAAAAUACUAAGAUGACUGGAAGGCUCUUUUAAGUCCUAUUUUGUGAAAUGUUUCUAAUUUUUCAAAAUCAAACCCAAAAUGUAUUAAGGUAGAAACUACUUAAAAGAGAAUUGAAAGUCAAAACCAUUAACUCAGGUAAAAAGAAUGUUUAUUUAAAUAAUUAUACAAAAAUGGCCCUAAGAAUAGUGAAUAUACUUUCCCUCUUGGCAUUGCACAAUAGAAAACACGUAAGUUUUUGUUAGUUCUCAAUUAAUUUCAAUGCUUUUUCUUUUAGCUAUAUAACUUGUACUAUGUCAACAGUGAAUCUUAGUAGAAUCACAGUAUCAUCCAACCUAUAGCAAGAGAAAUUAAUUAAGAAUGUCGUUUUGAAAAGUCUGGGUUUUAAAACUUGAAAUCAUUUAACAUCUAUCUUUACCCUUAUAAAAUGUAAAACUAGUUUCUAACCCAUCUUAAAGACUCUCAAAAUAUAUAAUUUAAUUAUGUACUUCUGACUUUAAACAAAAUGAAAAUGUUUUGAGUAUCAAACAGUAUAUUAUCUACCUUGUAGACAGCAUCUUCAUCUAAAACCGCCACUGUUAGCAACUUUUAAAUGACAUGAAACUUGAAGAAAAGCUGCUUCUAAUUUUUUUUAAUCUAAUAAAUUGUGAGAAGUUUGGCACUCGACUUUAUCUGGAAACAGCAUUCAUAUUCUGUAGAAAUAGUAGUGGAAUCCUGUCGUUUUAGGUUAAUGAAUUUCCGUCAGCAGCUUUGGUAACUAAUUACAGGCUAUCAUAGCCCCCAAACUUGCCUUAAUUUGGGGUCAUCUGAAUUCUGGGUUAGGAAUGAUCUAUUACCCAAACCUGGGAACUAUUUUAAGUAACUCCAAUUCUAUUCUGAUAGUAACUAAAAGUCAUAAUUUUAGCCGUCAAAAAUAGGCAUGUUUCCAGCACUAAUCUACUUACAAUACUUUAUAAUAAAUAACUUGUAGCAAUGUGGUGACACUCCUUGAAUAAGUUGCUUUCCCAUAAACGUCUAUAAUUUUGUUAUUUUCACUCUUAAAGACAUCAUUUAUCUACACCGUGAGAAAGCAGGAUUUGAGAAUAUUUAGAAAUUUUUCCAUUAUGGCACAAAUAUGAAGGCCUAGUCAUUACUGGAAGUGUCCUCACAUUAGUACAGAAAGCUGUCAUUGUUGAGAAGGCUGAGAGCAGGGAGCUUCUUCUUGAUAUGAGGCCUCACGACCCCAACUGAUGGGAGGCACAGGGUGCUGGCGGACUUCUGUCUGUUUUUAUUAGUGCCCCAACUCAAAAAAGAAAGCUUUUUCGAGAUUUUCUUGUUUUUAUCAGUUUUGUCGUCAUCGUUCUCCAUGGCCAAGCAAAUCAUGGAAUAGGUUUUCUGCAUUCCCACGGAGUAUGUGGCACAUUUACUAUGCUGCACAAAGGAAGAGAAAAAUGUUAGAAAUCCUUGCAAUACCUGAUAAGUGACUGCAAAGUCUGAAGCUUGCAUCCUACACUUACAGCAUCCUUUUAAAAACUCGGUUGUAUAAUCCUGAAACACAAGUGACUAACCCUUAUAUAGAAUUUGGUUCUUAAAAACAAGGAUGAUUUUUUUUU